GUUGCAAUGGCAACUUGAGUAUGAAUGAGUAAAUCCAAUGGCUUUUGCGUAACCUACUUAUGAGAGUGCGAUAAGUGUAUUUUGUUUUCCGUCAUGGUGUUUGAAGUGUUCCACAUGUUGAAGUGUGCUCAAAUUAUGGGUUGAAUGUUUUUUGAAAUGCACUUAGACAGUUUUUAUAAAUUUGUACCCUAAUGUCGAGGUUAAGUUCUCCAGAUGCACAAAAUUUUUUUCCGAAAGCGCUACAUCUAGAUGUGGAUGAACGCCUUAAUUCGUGGAUUUUGGAUGAUAUUCAAGACCUGGAUCUGGAUGAUACUCAGAGCAGAAAUGUUCCUACAGUAAAAAAUAUGCCUGAGUCUAAUGACUCUAAAUGUCCUGAAGAGUCUUGGACGUUUCCAGAUCUAAAUGUUUGUGAUAUAAAGGACAAGAAAAGUUCUUACGUUAAUGAUGUUUUCCAUUCCGAUAUACCCUAUCCGAACGAGCUUACAUACAAAGACUGUAAAACGGGCAAGCAGUCUGUAUGGCAUAUAUCAAACGAACCAGAUUCAUCCCUUUAUCCAAGAAUAACUAAAUCCAAUAAUUCAUCUUUGCUUUUCUGUGAUAAGUCUAAACAUAGUUCAGACGAAAGUAGUCAUGUAAAUAACAAAUCUAAACCAUGUUCUAGCAACUCUUGGUCUAUAGGGCAGUUAAUAAAUAAAAGGCAAAAUGAUAGCAUUUUUGAAGAAAGUAAUGUAGGAAAAGAAACUGUGCCAGCAAAGAUUGAAGGAUCGCCUACUUUUGUAUUCAAGAAGAGAAAUGCACUGCCAUCUAGUACAAACUCUAGUGAUCAGAUACAGGUCAAGACUAAAUUACGUUCAAUGUGGAAUAAUAUGAAAUAUGGUUGGCGAGUGAAAAGAGAAGUGAAUUUAAAAACAGACUCAGCAAUAUGGCUACUGGGGAAGUGCUAUCAUAAUAAAUUAAAUGAAGGUAUGCUACUGCCCCAGGAUGUUGCCAACCAACUUAAGCUGGAUCUUUUAAGUAAAAUAUGGCUUACCUAUCGCAUAAAUUUUCCUGCAAUACCAGGAACAGAUCUCGUAUCAGAUACUGGUUGGGGUUGUAUGUUAAGGUGUGGACAAAUGAUGAUGGCUCAAGCAUUAGUUUGCCAUUUUCUUCAUCGAGAUUGGCGAGUUUCUUUAGAUCAAUCUGCUGAACAAAAAAAAUUGUAUAAAAUGAUCCUGCGUUGGUUUGGAGACUCCUUAUCAGAAAAUAGCCCAUUUUCACUACAUCAUUUAGUUUCACUUGGAGAGAGUUAUGGUCGAAAAGCUGGGGAUUGGUAUGGACCAACACAUGCUGCUCAUGCACUUAGAGAUGCUCUUACUAUAUCUAAAGUUGAACAUCCUCAGUUGAGAGAUAUUUGCAUGUAUGUCGCUUCAGAUGGAAUAGUAUUUAAACAAGAUGUUAUUGACCUGUGCCAGGUUGCCACAGAAUGGAGUGCUGCAAAUAGUGACUUACCAGAAGAAAAUGGAACUUCAGCUUAUCUCAAUUACGAGCUUCCUAAAAAAACUGUCGGAUAUCAAAGAAUUGAUCCAGUUUUAAAUAUUGAAAAGAAGGAAAUGAAGAUAGAUAGCACUCGAAGAAACAUUUUAUAUCCUUGCCUUGAAGAUGAAAAAGUUUUUUCAACUCCAAGUAGCUUACCUCGGAGCAGUUUAUAUCCUAGUCUUGAAAUUGAUCAGAUGAGUUUCACAGAUAUGUGCCCAUCAUAUUCUGAAUUUGGCCCUCCUAGUUUUAACUCUGCACAUGCAAAUUGGAGAAGCUUGAUUUUAUUUGUCUCUGUUCGUUUGGGAAAUGAUAAAAUUAAUCCAUUUUACAUACCAUGUCUUAAAAGUCUUCUGGCAUAUGAGCACUGCAUUGGAAUCAUUGGUGGUCGCCCAAAACAUGCUUUGUACUUUAUUGGUUGGCAAGAUGAUAAACUUAUUCAUAUGGAUCCCCACUCUUGUCAGCCUGCUGUUGAUGUUGAUAAAGAUGACUUUAAUGAAAAGUCAUUUCAUUCAUCCUCUAUACGAACUAUGUCAUUCAUGGAAAUGGAUCCUAGCUGUGCCAUUGGUUUCUACUUCAGAAAAAAAGAAGAUUUUGACCAUUUUGUGACAAAGUUUUCUGAAAUCACUGCUCCAUUGAAAAAGAAUUUGGAUUACCCGGUGUUUGCAUUAGCUGAUGGUAAAAGAAGUGAAAUUGAAGAAGUGGAUGCUCAAAGAAUACAUGAAAGAUCUUCAUUUUCACAUAGCAACAAUAAAUCUCUUGAUGAGGUUGAUGAAGAUUAUAUUUUAUUAUAAGACUGUUCCAUUUUCAUCUGUGGAAAAAUAUGACUAGAAUAGGAAAUCACAUUACUUAUUUGUUUGUUUAAUAAGGACUUUUUGAAAUUAAAUGCAACACAUUGGCAAAUGCUUUGUUAUUAAUAUUUUAUUUAUUUGAUUAAUAUAUUUAUGUUAUACUUUUAAUUUAAAUCUUUUAAAAGUACUAAUGAAUUUUGUACUUAGUUUUAUGAUAAAUUAUUAUUAGGAACUGAUAUUUUUAAACACUUUUAUCGAAGAGAAAGGAUGUGUAAUAUGCUAUAAAUUAAAAGCUGAACAAUUUGAGGAAUAUUAGAAAUCUCAUGGUAUCCACAGAUAUUACUAAAAUUUAGAGUUCAGAAAAUAUUUUCCCUAACCGAAUUUCAGUAUACUGUUUUUAAAUUUUUACAUGAACUUAAUCACAUGUAAGUACUUUAUUUCAUUCCAUAUCUGUAGAAUUAAAUAUAGUAAUUCAUUAUUUUAAGUGUAUUUCUGUAAAUAUUUUUUUAUUUCCAAAUUCAUGGAAAUAAAUAGCGUAUAAAUGUUUCUGGUGGUACUUUAAAGUGAAUAAAUUUGUCCAAUUACUGACAUGUGCAAAUGCAAUAUGUAAAACCAAAGUCUGAUAAAAAAAUAUUUUAUCUAAUUGUAUUACAUCCAUUAAUGUUUUGAUUUUUAUUACUUUCCCUUAUUACAGUACAAAAAUUCCAACAUUAGAAGUCUUUUAUCAGUUUCAAAAUUCCUAUGCAGACUGGUACAGUUUUCAGUUAUGUAUUUAUCAUUCAAGUGGCAGCAUUUCUUACAACUACUGAUAUAAUGCUUUGCAUUAUAUUUUAUGUAAUUAUUUGUUUUUAUAAUCUGAGCAUAAACUAAAUUAUUUCUGCAGCAUUAAGAAAAAUUAAGGCAGCAAAAUAUUUUAAUGAACAAGGUAACAAAAUGAAGACAAAUCUGACUGGAUAAAGGCAGCUAUGCUUAGUUUGAAGUAAUUUUGUUAGUCAUCCAUUUUAAAUCAUAAUUAAAUAAAAAAAAAUAUCUAUAAACAUUCUUGAGUGAAAUUUUGAACUAAGGAAUCCCUAGUUUAACACUUUUAAUUAGUCCUUUUGGAAUGCUGUGCUGAAUGAAAUCAUGUUAAAAUACAAAUAAGUAUAAAAUAGCAAAGUUCAUCCAUUUGUUUCUCACAUUUUCAUUUUAUAUUUCUGUUUAACUAUUUAUAGAAAAUUAGAAGGAAAUAUAGUAAAUUUAAUCUAAGCCUUUUUUGACAAAUCAUCUAAAGUAGGUUAAAUACUGUUUUGUUUUCUCUUCAUACUUUUCUUUAUAACUCAUUGGGCACUGUCAGUCACACAGCGAAUUUGAAUAUCUCUUUUUCCAUUCAAACCUAAGUUUAAAAGUUAUAUUUUUAACCCUUUCAGCAAUGCGGUUUAAAAUUCAUAUUGGUAACCCUUCAGCAAUGCAAAAUAUUUUAUACAUCUGCUCCAAGUUCAUGUCACUUAUAGAAGGGCUUUCUUGAUCAGUAAAUAUGCUAUCAUAAAUUUGUCUUACAAAUUUGACAGUAUAUACAUUUGCCAAGUUUACUUCAUUGAAACAUAUGUCCAAUAAUAGCUAAUAAUUGUUUUAUCAAUAGCUAUGAUAAGCUAUUUGCUGGCUAUACCCAAUAUGAUCAGUUGUACAAUAAAGCGAAAGUUCUUUCCAUGCAUUUUAUAUACUCGCAGAUGUUACUUACUCUCAUGGUAUCACAAAUAUUUUCAGUUACGCUUUUUUUUUUAACUUAAUUGCUUUAAGAACUGGACUCAUCAAAUUUGGCUAUUACUCAAUAUCUUGUAUUGCUUAUUGAAAAAUCAGUUAAUUGACUCUAAAGUUCACAAAGACCCAUAUGGCUGCAAAAAAGAUGUCAUGUUAUGAAGCAAAAACACAAGUUUGAUAUUUUCACUGAGGUCACUUAUUGUAGAGAAUGAUCAAGGGUGUUAUUUAAAAGUAAUAAAAUUUAGAGCUCAGACUAUUUUGCUUUAUUUUUAUUUUAUUUUGCUUUAUUUUUAUUUAGACUAUUUUGCUUUAUUAUUAAAUUUAGAGCUCAGUCUUUUUAUGCAUAGGCAGAUAUGAGUUUUCUAUUAAUUUUCAAAAGUGACUUGAUUAUAUACACUUUUGUAUUUGAGCACCAGAGAAUUGGCAAUGAGUUAGAUAAAGUUGUAUAAGCAGAUUCUUGAGUUCAAACUUAUAAAUAUGAAGAUAUAUGUUGCUCAAUCGUAUUUGUUACCUCUAUAAAAAUUUUAUCUGUACCAUGUGAAGUCUUCUCACAGUAAAUAAAAACAGAUUGCAAUUAAUGAAGCAUUUAAAUUUAAAAACUUGUAAAAUUAUGUGAAGUGGGAAAUUUUUGUAACUGCAUAUAGAAAUAUUUGAAAAUAGUAUCACCUGCAAAAAUGCAUGGCAGUGAAUAUUUUAUAACUCAGUUUCCAAAUAAAAUGAGGUGUCUCCAAGUUAAGCAUUAUAAUUAAAAUCUCUCUUAAAACAAUACACAUUUUAUUCUUUGUUAUAAAAUUUCCUUUUUAAAUAAUGACUUUGUAAUGUAUUGUAAGGAAAAUGAAACUAAAAAAAUCAAAGAGUAGAUUGUUAAAAGUGAUUUGAAUAUAUGUAUUUUUAAAUUAAAAUCUGUUAAUUUCUGAAAUAUUAUUUUGUAUGCAGUAAUGUGUUAAGGAAUUACAGAAAUUUAUCAGUCUAGUAUAUUUAUAUAUAAUAAAUUCUCAUUUUAUUUCAGAGGGAAAAAAUCACCUUAAAAUUUAAUUCUAAUUAAUAAUGGGGAAUUUUUAUGAAAUGUAAGUGCAUAACAUUAGAUAGAUGCUUAUAAGUUCAUCAGCAGUAUUAUCAUUAAUUUUAAUUACUAAAAAUUACUGUUAUUUUUUUAAAUCUUGUAUUGAAUAAUUUUAAUCUUGUAUUGAAUUGUACUUGAUCUUGUUUUGAAGGCUAAUUAGGAAAGUUCAAGAAGAACACAUGUUUAAACAAACAUCUUUGAAUGUUUGUCUAAUUAUGAUACAUUCUUAUUAUAUAACAAAAAUAGAAAUCUGUUGUUGAUAUACGUAACAAGGCUUUCUGAAUAUAUUAACAGUUCAAAAAGUCAAUAUAUCCCAGUAAUUUUAGAUUGAAAGUACUAAAAGCUGUUAAUUAUUAAAAAAAUUGAUAUCUUAAUGUAUGUGUGGUCCCUCCCCCAUAAAAAAUGGAUAUUUUUAUGCAAAAAAAGGAGAACUCAAAAAUAUGUUUUAUAUAAAAGUAAUCUCCUGCUUUAUGAAUUAUAUAAAAUUUUGAAUUUUAUGUGUAUGGUAUUAUUAUAAAUAAUUUACAUUGAUUUAUCAGAAUCAAGCUAGGCUGUUAUGAUAAUUUUGUAUGCAUGAUUGCUUGAAAAAAGUUGAAGCUGAAUGGGGGGAGAUAAUCAUUUUUCUCAUUAAUAGCAAAAUGAAACAAAAUUAGGAGUAUGGAAAUAAAAUAAUUACCAUCUGUUAUGUUUCAGAAAAAAAUGUGUCAUUUUGAACAUAACUUGUGUCAUUAAAAUCUUUUUUUUUUUUUUUUUUUUUUAAAUAAACUGGGCUUUGUUAAAACAGCAUGAAAUCUAAUUAAUUGGAAAUAUUUUACAUUAUAAGCUUGUAAAUUUACAACAAAUUUUAAAAAGUAAUUUAAGUAGGAUAUUAAUUGGAAAUAUUUUACAUUAUAAGCUUGUAAAUUUACAACAAAUUUUAAAAAGUAACUUAUGUAGGAUAUUUUAUGUAUAACAAAAUUGUUAUGGUAAGUUUUUAAGCACUGGAUAUGUUUGUAUUUCAGUCUUUGUAAAUUUUACUAAGAUUUUUCUUAAAAAAUUAAUUUGUUGUGCACUUCUCAUUUGUAUUUUGCAAUAAUGUGCAAAGCAUUUAUUCUUUUUUUAUUUUAGUUAUUUUUUAAAUGAAUUAGGUGAUGGUAGUUCUUAAUUGCUUAUAUAUAUUACAAGAAAAUUUUUAAUCAUCUGUUACUUGAUGUGAAAUAUUAUAUGAUGAUACUGAAAACAUACAGAAAUGUAAGUCUAAAGCAUUUUUUAAGUCAUUAGUGUUGAUUUUUUCUAAUUUUAAAAUGUCAAAAAAUGAAAAAUUGUUCUUUACUGGUAUAAUUAUUUAUUCUUCAAUAUAUUGUUUGUUUAGUAAUGUCUUAAAAUUUAAUAUAUUAGCUUAUGUACUAGUCAUUGUAAUUAGAAAAUUUGUCUGCCAAAUUUAUUAUUAUUUUGCAUAAAUAUUAAUCAGUGUUUAUUUAAAUAUAUUCACACAUUUGUUUACUAACGGAAAUCUUGUACAUAAAAAAAUUCUGUUGAGAAUAAAAUCAACUGUGAUAAUGGAAAUACUGCUUAUUCAUUAUCUAUGUAGAAAUAUUUAAAUAAAUGUUACUUUGUUAAAAACUUUUUCAUAGUUACAGGACUAUAUAUUAGAUUGACGUUUUAUCACAAUAAAAUAAAAUGCUUAAUUUUGAAA